UUCACGCAUCACUGAUGAAGCUCACGGGAUGAAGUUACAGGCAACCCUACAGCUAGCGCUACAGUCCAGUGAUUUUGACGCGAUCAAAAGUAUAGUUGAAAAUGACAACUUUGACGUCAAUUGGCGUGACGUCAGCCACGAUCUUCAGAGCCUCGUUAUGAAAUUAUGCUAUGUCAAUUUCAACCAAGAAGAAGUUCUUCAGUUAUAUGACGCCAUCUUUGAAAAAGACCCGGAUUUGAAUUUACAGGACUCUCACGGACGCACGGCCUUGAUGCACGCUUGUAUCGCGGGGAAGGAGGAGAUCGCGGAGUAUUUAAUCAGUGACCCCACAACCAGGAUAGAAAUCUUUGAUUUUGAUGGUAACUCUGUCCUGUCUCACGCGGUCAGGUCACAGGACGUGCGCACUACGAGGAGACUUCUGGACCAUCCCAGCGGGCACCUGUUAUUAGAGGUGUAUAAUAGUUUCGGUCAGAGACCUAUCGACAUUGCAGAGAAACAGGAAAGAAAAGAGUAUUAUAAUCUACUAAGGACGUAUCAGAAAGAGCAACGACCAAUGGAAAGUCAGAAAAAGAUGACCGUGCUUCCACCGGCGUUCUCACCUCAAAACGAGGCUGCACUCAGACUGAAUGCUUCUAAGGCAAAUUCCGUAACGGAUGUAGAUUUACUAAAAAGUACACCAAGAUCAACAUAUAUUGAUGACGAAACACCGAAUCUUUAUUUGACGUCACCAAAACUCAGGAGAAAGAAACACAAGCGAUCAAAAGAUAAGUCGUACGUAGAGACUUCACUUCCUGCUAUCAAAACAAAUGAUAUCAAGAGCAAUAAAGCGACACCUAGGGAAAAGUUAAAGGUAGACUCGAAACAAAGGGAAAGAAGAAAUUCUAUUUCACUUCCGGACCUUCGGGACUCCCCUGGAGGUUUAGUAACUUCCGGUGGAAACACCCCGAAUGAAAACUAUGACUACUCGUCAGAUUCAGACUUCAGUGAUGACGCAAUUGUUGACCUCUCUUAUGGGUCACCGAGAAAAUCAAUAGAGCGUAUAGUUAGACGAAGCGCAUCGGAAAAGCAAAUCGGAUUUCCGAGCAUCGAUAAAGGAAAAGAUGGUUCUAAAGUGAAAAGGACCUUAACAGAGGGGAGUCUAUACAGCAACAGUGAUAGCAAACUAGACAGACUUAAACUUCUACAAAAGAGCGUGCUAAGUUAAUAGUGAUAGCAAACUAGACAGACUUAAACUUCUACAAAAGAGCGUGCUUAGUAAACAGUGAAUACAAACUAAACAGACUUAGAGCGUGCUAAGUUAACAGUGAUAGCAAACUAGAAAAACUUAAACUUCAAUACCAAAUAGUGUGCUUAAUUAAAAGUAAUAGCAAGCAUGACAGACUUAAACUUCUACAAAAGAGCGUGCUUAGUUAACAGUGAAUUCACACUAAACAGACUUAAACUUCUACAAAAGAGCGUGCUUAGUUAACAGUGAAUACAAACUAAAUAGACUUAAAGCGUGCUAAGUUAACAGUGCAUGCAAACUAGACAGUCUUAAAAUUCUACAAAAGAGCGUGCUUAGUUAACAGUGAUAGCAAAUUAGGAAAACUUAAACUUCAAUACAAAAUAGCGUGCUUAAUUAAAAGUGAUAGCGAGCAUGACAGACUUAAACUUCUA